GGAAGGACUCAAACAAGGGGCAGGAAUCAGGGAUUCUAAAAGAUCCAGAGGAAACUUCUCAAUGGAUGUUGAAAGCCACAAGGCAGGUAAGAAAGGCUGUCUGGAGGUGAUAGUGCCCAUAUCAGAAUGUCAGAUGCAGUUGAGAAGAAUGUCCAGUGGCCUGGAGGACAGAUGAGGAUGUUGGAGCAGGACAGAAGACAAUCUGCUAAAGGUUCAGCUCAGCCUCAAAUUCAGAAAGUUGACUCAGUAGACGCUACUAAUUGCAACAAAAGCAUUCUCAUCCCAUGCUUCGCUUUAUAUUCAGACAUAGAGCAUAUUAAAGAAGCACAAGUAAAGUGGUCGUUAAACGAUAAACUCAUUUUACACUUUAUAGGAGCUGAAAUGGAGAGCAAGGUAGACCCUAAAUUUUCAAGUGCAAAAGUUUAUCCCGAACAAAUAAUAAAUGGAAAUUACUCUUUGGAGAUGGCUACGAAGGAUGCUGCUGAAGGAACCUACACAUGUGAAAUACAAGAAUUUUAUGGAAGUGAUGCAUCAAUGGUACAACUAAAACUAAAACAGCUUCCAUGGUUUAAGCAUGAAGAAUAUAAUCUCAUCACUAGUUUCUCAAUUUUGAACAUCCUUCUGUUCUGGGGACAGUUUAUUCUUUUAAAUUAAUUCUUUUUGGACUUCUACAGUCACAUUAGUAAUAUGAAUGAGAAAUUUAUCAUUGGAAGCUAUAAUGAAGAUGUAAUUCUCUCACGCUUGUUUGAGAAUAAGUCAAAAAUCAUUAAUCAAAAUUAAUUCACUGGAAAAAUCAAGAUAACUUCACUGUUCACUAUUACUACAAAGGCAAUGACCAUUGAAAAAAAGAUCUAAAAUGUGCAAACAGGACAUGCUUCUCCCAUUGUGAGAUUCAUAAUGGAAUGCCUCUUUUUCAGAAGAUUAUAUUUUCCUUCUGGAUGAAAGAAUUUAUGCCUAUGUGGAAAAUGCUGAAAAGAUCACCAAGUAUCAUAAAGACUGGAAGUAGAGCUUUCCUGAUACCUAUGAUAAAGUCUGAAAAGAGGAACAUGAACAGCUUCCUGGUAUGCAGUGUAUUCAGUGUUUAUCCUCCUUCAUGUAUCACAUGGAAAAUGGAUGAUGCAUCUGCCUCUGAAAGCAAUAUGAAAGAAAUUGGGCAUUUGGGUUCUUUUUAUAUUAUGAGUGCAUUCUAUAUCACAGGAUCAAAUUCAUCUUAUGAAUAUACUAUUGUUUGCUGAAGCAAACAUGGAUGGGGCUACAGACACUGGAAGGUAUUGUGGGUUGAAUGAAAGCAUCUAUGAAACGGAAUGUAGCAAAUCUGUCCAUGAAUAAUGCUGUAUUUGUCAAUGGUUCAUCCUCCAGAUAGGAUUUUCUGCCUGCAUUGCACUUCAGUGUGAAAGAUCAGAGAAGAAAGAAAUGCUUGUCCUUUUGUAAGUCACAACUUCCAAUUCUUCCCACUGUACCAACUAAAAAGUUAAUAAACAAAAAACUACUA